AUGGACGAAGUGGAUAAACAUAAUGGGAAUUUUAAUACACAGCACGAUUUAUAUUUGCAAGAAAUCGAGGGAAUUGAUGAUUACUGGGGUCCCACAUUUAGGGCCAUAUACGACAACGGUGAACAUGUAGAGUUCCGCAAAAAAUUGGAAUCUAGGAUUAAAGAUCAUGAUAAAGACAUUGAAAGACUUUGUAAUGUUUACUACCAAGGUUUUAUUGAAUCUGUGCGAGAGCUACUUGAAGUCAGAUCCAAAGCCAAAAAACUAAAUAAUGAGGUUGUAUUUAUGGAUGAAAAUUUGCAUGAAGCAGCAAAAAAUGUUACUAAAUCGGGUAACGAAUUGCUUAAGGCUAGACAGGUUCAAAGUAAUAUAGCUGUUGUUAUAAAACAGUUGAAUUUGUGUUUGCCAGUUUUAACAACCUACUCGAAGCUAAAGAAGCAGAUAUCAGAAAAAAGAUAUUAUCCAGCCCUAAAAACUUUGGAGGAAAUGGAACAUGUUCACCUACCACAAAUUAUUAAUUAUAGAUUUUAUUCACAGUUGAGAGAAAGUAUUCCCAAAAUAAGGGAAAGUAUCGAGCAAGCUUCCAUGUCAGAUUUAAAAGACUUUUUAGAAAAUAUUAGGAGAUUCUCGCCCAAGAUUGGAGAGGUUGCAAUGAGACAUACCAGUGAACAAUUGGCCAGCGAUCCGACUGUAAUAGGAAGGAAAAAAAAAAGAAAUGCUCAUCAGCCAGGUGAACACACUGCUUCAUAUUCAGAGGAGGACCUAAGCGCACAAGAACUAAUCGAUUUUUCGCCAAUAUACAGGGGCUUACAUAUUUUCACUGUUUUAAAACGAUCUUCGAAUUAUGAGACCUACUACAGAACCGAAAGAACUAAACAAGCCAGGCUUGUGUUGCAACCACCAACUAAUAUGCACGAAUCGGAGGAAAGUUACAGAAUGUACAUCCAUGCAGUUUUGGGAUUUUUUAUACUUGAAGAUCAUGUUUUAAAUACGGGUAAAGGCUUGAUAACCAGAGCUUUUCUGGAUGACAUGUGGAACAUGGCCCUCUCUAAAAUCGUAACCGCUCUUCAGACGCACUCGGCGUACUGCACAGAUGCCACGUUGAUUCUGCGCAUAAAAGAUUUGAUCAUGUUAUUUUGCACAACGUUGAGGAACUACGGAUACAGCGUUAAGCCCUUGUGGGAGUUGGUUAGAGAGUUAAGGGAUCAUUACACGGAAGUUUUGAUGCAACGCUGGGUGCAAGUUUUUAGAGAAGUGCUCUCAAAAGAGGACUUUCAACCUAUCGGGGUGUUCAGUCAAGAAGAAUUCGACAACAUUUUGUCGUCGUUUCCCUGGGAAGGAGAUAUUCCCGACGACAUCGUAUUCCCGUUUUUCUUUCCGUUUUCCAGCAUGGUGCCCACAGUGUAUCAGCAAGUGAAGGAGUUCAUUUAUGCUUGCCUUAAAUUUUCCGAAGAUUUGAAUCUUAGUCAAGUGGAAGUGGACGAAAUGAUAAGGAAAUCCAUGAAUUUAUUGUUAACCCGGACUUUCAGCGGGUGUUUGUCGUCGACGUUUAGAAGCCCGCACGUCAAUUUGCAGGAAAUUAUACAAAUUAUUGUCGAUACUGGGUAUUUAGAGGAAGCCACGGUUUAUUUGGAUCAAUUCAUAUCCAAUAUUACUGGGGAGGAGUCUCGCGGCGUGUCCUCCGGAAUGGUGCAGGGACAGCCGGUGAUGUUCAGAGUGGCCCGCGAAGACGCCGUCCGGCAAAUCUGCGAAAAACUAGGGCAAAAACUGAACGCUUUCCUCGAACUGGAAAAUUACGAUUGGCUGCUGGUGGAGCCCACGGGUCACGCGUCAAGCUUCAUAUCGGACUUGAUAGCUUUCCUGCAGACUACAUUCCACAGUUUCACCAACCUGCCGGCUGAAGUGGCUCAGGUAGCGUGUAAAUCAGCUUGCGAGCAUAUUGCCGAAUCGAUGUUCUCUUUGCUAAUGAAUGACGAGAUCAAGCAAAUUUCCAUGGGUGCCUUGAACCAAAUUAAUUUGGACCUACUGCAGUGUGAACUUUUUGCUGCUUCAGAACCUGUAAAAGGUUUGCAAGAAGACGAUUUGUUGGUCUAUUUUGGAAAAUUGAGAGAGGUUUUGGAUCUUUUUAUAUCCUGGGAUUGGCCGACUUACUUUCACGACUAUGCCAAGGAAACCAACAAGUAUAAAAUGGUAGACCCUGAUACUGCCAUUAUUAUUUUGGAAAAAUUAAGAGAGGGUGACAAAAAAACGAUGUUUACAGUUCUCAAAAAAAGCGAAAGGGACAAAAAGAAACUUUUAGAAACAGUACUGAAACAAUUAAAACAAUUGUCUCAAGUCCCACAAAACAAAUAA